ACCGUUGACUCUUCUAGUACGUAUUAUUUGGAGCCAACGCACUCUUCUUAUUCCUAUGUUUCUGCACCGAGCUCCUGCUACAUGAGGUUUUAUUCCUCUUCCUCCUCCUAUGGCCUGAAUGCAUACGUGUACAGUGUCAGCAUGUCGAGUUGUGCACCGUACGUGAACAUAUAUGAUGGAUCUUCCUCAACAUCUUCAUUAUUGCGAACUGUCAGCUGUACGAACACCUCAUCUGGCACUUACUAUUCCACUGGACGGUAUCUGUAUGUGUACUACUAUAGAGGUUAUACCACAGGACAAGACUUUAUAAUUAAAAUCCAACGGGGGUCAAGUCUAAGUAGUGGAUCUUUGAACACAUACUACUUGGAUAACUACCUGUCUCACUGCAGUAGCCAAGUGACCGUUGACUCUUCUAGUACGUAUUACUUGGAUCCAGCGUACUCUUCUAAUUCCUAUGUUUCUGCACCGAGCUCCUGCUACAUGAGGUUUUAUUCCUCUUCCUCCUCCUAUGGCCUGAGUGCAUACGUGUACAGUGUCAGCAUGUCGAGUUGUACACCGUACGUGAGCAUAUAUGAUGGAUCUUCGUCAUCAUCUUCAUUACUGGUAAGAGACAAGAUGUAA